GCGCGCUUUCUUAUGUUAAUGCAGGUCUGACAUCAGCAGUGAGAUCAAAGCGGGGCAGGGGUACUUUAGAGCUGAGUCUGCCCCCACUCAGGCUCACUCACUCUCCUCUGCUCAGACCUCUCUGUCUCUCACACACUCUCUCUCUCUCUCUCUCUCUCACACAUAUACACACACUCACACUGGCUCUGAUACACACCAUGCCUACCUGUCCGGAGCUACUCUACCACCCCGUGCUGGAUUUUACUCGCGCUUCAGGCUGACACCGACUCAGACUCUGUGGAAGGAUAUUCCGGCCGCUUUUAUUAUUAUUUUCCCUGCGUCGCUUUAUUGAACGGAAAGAAGUGAGCGCCGCAGCAAAGGGUUCAGAAGAGGAGGCCGUGUCAUGAGCGCUGACCUUUGAGUCUGAGCCAAGAAGCCAAACCGCCCUUUGUAUUUGUGUCUUGUGUGAACUGCAGCCACUGUCCAACCAUGAGGAGCAGCUCUCAUGUCCUUCCUCUUGGCGUGCUCACAGCUCUGCUGCUGUCUCAGGUCUGCUCUGGCAUCAAAUGGCUAGCACUGUCACACGCUCCUGCAUCUUUACACAUCAACCAGACUCACCACUGUAAGCUGCUGCCCGGCAUGGUGUCCUCCCAAGCUCAGCUGUGCCGCAGCAACCUGGAGCUCAUGCAAACCAUUAUCCAAGCUGCCCGCGAAGUCAAGAAAACAUGUCAGAAGACCUUCGCUGAUAUGCGUUGGAACUGUUCCUCCAUUGAGAUCCCUUCCGAUGCCCCCAAGUAUCGUCCAGACCUCGACCGAGGAACGAGGGAGGCUGCGUUCGUGUACGCUCUCUCUGCUGCAACCAUCAGCCACACCAUAGCACGGGCGUGCACCUCUGGAGAUUUGCGUCUGUGCUCAUGCGGUCCCAUCCCAGCGGAGAUCCCAGAGCCCGGCUAUCGCUGGGGGGGCUGCGCUGACAACUUGCACUACGGUUUGAUGAUGGGCUCCAAGUUCUCUGAUGCUCCCAUGAAGAUGAAGCGUGCCGGCUCCCACGCAAACAAACUGAUGCACCUACACAACAGUGAGGUCGGGAGACAGGCACUGAGAGACGCGCUGGUGAUGAAAUGUAAAUGCCAUGGGGUGUCCGGCUCCUGCUCCAUAAGAACCUGCUGGAGAGGCCUGCAAGACCUGAGGGAGAUCGCCAUGGACCUCAAGACCAAGUACCUGUCAGCCACCAAAGUGGUUCACCGGCCCAUGGGGACGCGCAAGCAGCUGGUACCUAAAGACAUUGACAUCAGGCCGGUGAGGGAGAACGAGCUGGUCUACCUGCAGAGCUCCCCGGACUUCUGUACCAAGAAUGACAAACAGGGCUCCGUUGGCACACAGGACAGGCAGUGCAACAAAACCUCGCUUGGCAGUGACAGCUGUGACCUGAUGUGCUGCGGCCGUGGCUACAACCCGUACACGGAGAAGCUGGUGGAGCGCUGCCACUGCAAGUAUCACUGGUGCUGCUACGUAACCUGCAAGAAGUGUGAGCGGAUCGUGGAGAAAUACGUCUGCAAAUGAGUCCAUGCCGCCACCGCUGCUGCCGCCGCCGCCACCCACACCUGCGGCCCUCUACAUGUACUCAGCCACCCGAGGCUACAGAUUAACCAAAGCACUACAGUACCAAGAAGGCUUAAUCUUGUCUUAAGCUUUAGCAUGUGUAUCUCAAGGAGAAGUGGUCUAUUCUUGUGUCAGUAUCAUUUUUUGUAUCGAAUCUCCAAACUGCCAGUUGGGCUUCUAACCUUUUUCGCUUCACAAACCUGGAUGUGGAGAGUGUGGCGACAGUGUCAGUCGGUUUACGUGAAGGCCGCCGUCCUCCUGGGUAUUUUCUUUUUCUUGUUAAUGAUUAUGAAUUCCCGCACCAGGGAUAUUGAAAGUCUAUUUUAUUAUAUCUCUAUUAAAAAGAAAUAAUAUUGGAUUUUAUGCUGGAGGAGAGGGAUUGUCUUUUUCCCUCACUAGACAGAGACUUGUGUUUGACUUUAUUCCACGGGAUUCGAUGGGUUCUGGUGGAACCACGUGGUACUUUUUUUUAGGUACUAUUAAAACUUUUUUCCUCUGCAGAAAUGGACAAUAGAGGAAAAGGAAACACAAAGGGAACUUCAAGUACUUUUUCAAUCAUGGAACAUUUUUGUGGUUGAUGUUUUGGACUCACCAUGUGUCCUGUGUGGAUCAUGACUGCAUCCCUGUGGAUUGAGAGAGGACAAUUGAGAACUUUGUGAAAUGGUGCAUUAUCAUCUUUAUGUCUGACAUGCAGGCAGUUCAAAAUAUAUUCUAUUUUUUAGAGCAUAUGAGCUGAACUCAUGGAUUUUGUAAACCACUUUUGUGUGGAUGUACAUACUGUUAUUUUGUAUACUGAAAUAAAGAAAGAAGUAUUUAUAAAAUAAUUAAAUGAUCUUCACCAUGAUCUUUACAUGGA